UCCCGCCCUUCCCCAGAGCCUGCCCAGGGUUGGUACCCUAAGGCAGGGCUGGGAAGGGAACCUGAGCCACCAGCCUGCUCACACUAAAGCACAGCCUGGGGACAGGGAAAACCUUGUCACUGUCACUUUAAGUCUCCUGAGGGAGGGGGUCCUCGACCCUGGAUUCACCACCCUGAGGAAGACAGAGAAGGAAGUGGGGCAGGUUUGCGGAGAGCACCAAGCAGCGCUCCUAGGGCCCGCUCACACGUAAAAACUUCCUGCGAUGAGACCGGAAACACAGGUGCUGUCCCCACCACGGCAGCCCCCAGAGCCUGGGCCAGAGGGGAGCCAUGGACAGGCCCCGGGCCCUGGGCCUGCUUUUGGCGCUGCUGACUCUCUGCAUCACUGCUGGGACUCCUGAGGUGUGGGUGCAGGUUCAGAUGGAGGCCACCGAGUCCCCGUCCUUCACUGUCCGCUGUGGAUUCCUGGGAUCUGGCUCUAUCUCCCUGGUGACUAUAAGCUACGGGGGCCCCGAUGGUGCCGGAGGGACCACGCUGGCUGUGUUGCACCCAAAGUUCGGCACCCAGCGCUGGAACCCUGCCUGCCAGGCCCACUGGGAAACCAGAACCAGCAUCUCCCUCACCUUGGAAGAGUCCGAGGGGAGAAGCUCCAGUCCCAACACCACCUUCUGCUGCAAGUUUACUUCCUUCCCCGAGGGCUCCCAGGAGGCCUGUGGGAACAUCUCCCUCAGCCCAGACCAAGGGCUCCCUGCUCCUACUCCAGCCACCAUGCUGCGAGCUGACCUGGCUGGGAUCUUGGGGGUUUCGGGGGUCCUUCUCUUUGGCUGCGUCUACCUCCUCUACCUCCUGCGUCGGCAAAGGCACUGGUCUGUCAUGAAGCUUCAGCCACCCAGCCACAGCAGCCCCCAGACACAGAGGAGAGCAAGUGCAGCCGGCCAAGCCUCCCUGACCUCUCUCCACAUCCCCUAUGCCACCAUCAACACCAGCUACUUCAGCCCGGCAACUCUGCACCGGGUCCUCCCACCCCAGCCCCUACCCAGGUGGGCGCCGCUCCCCAGCCAGAGCCCCGUCCCGUGGGCACCCCUGCUGGCCUCCACUCGCAGCAGCUUCAUCUCUGUUGAGAACCGACUCUACGCUCAAGCAGAAAAGGGGCCUCUCCACGCUGGCACCGACCUCAUCCCGCUCCCGGACUGUCUGGGGCGCAGAGCCAUGGAGGGGCCUUAGGAGUUCAAUGAGAGGGACCCCAAGUCCACUAUGCCUUUCUCCUCUCCUGGGCCCCUGGAACCCCCUUCUGCUGGGUGUGUGUCCUGGUGGUCCACUGUCUUUGCACAGCUUGUUUUAUUCUCGGGCUUCCAGUAAGUGUCUCCACACAUACCCCUCCAGGGCCCACUUGCUGUGGAUGUGGUCAGCACGAGUGCAUGCGUGGGCGCACGUGUAUGUAUGUGAAGUGACAAAAACCCCAUCCCGGGUCGUUUCCUGUUUUCAAGUCCCCAGCCCUCCCAGAUGAGGUUGAUAACUAAACCAACAAGAAUGGUUUUUCUGGCCUGG